AUGAGCGUCAGAUCGUUCGAGGAGAUGACUUCAAUAACCGAUAUGAAGGAUGGCACCUACUCGGUGAAGAUGCGACUGAAAUGCAAUGUAUGCGCCGGUCAUCCGAAUAAGACGCAGAACUGGCAACGUUCCUACUUCUUCCUCAAGUCCGACAGUUCGGCCUUCGAGAAACCUCCCCGAAAUGAUUAUCGAGUUCUUUGGAACCGUUCUUGCGUCGGCCAUCCUACUUCUCCCGUUUAUCCCGAAGAUUUCUUGAGGAGCGUUCGUGCCGUCGCUCUGCUUCGAGUCUAUCGCUGGUCCGAGAUCACCGUCAAGAAGAUCCACGAGCUCAAAGAUCGAAUCGCUCGAAGAGAGUGGAGAUCCGACCUUCCGACCGUUCUUCCUAUUCGCGCUAAGCGACUAGACAUCUUCCCGAGAGACAUUCAGAAACAAAUUUCCGAGGCGAAGAAGAUGGGCACUCUUCCUGAUCUGAGCGCAAUGAUAGCGGCCCAGCUGGGGCUGGUCAGCGGGGAAGGUCCUUCGACGGCGGUUCCUCGUGCUGGCGAGGUUCCCCCUUACGAAGCCAGAGGCGCGGGGAAGGGCAGAAAAAGAAAGAGAGGUGACGGCUCGGGAGCUGAGAGGAGUACCGAGGAGGCGAGUGAUGUCCCUCCUUCUGGUGAACCUCAGAAGAAGAAAAAGAAGAAGAGGACAAAGAAGAAGUCCGAAGAAGGACUUCAUCCCGAGGAGGAGGCUCUCGCAGCUGGGGCCCUUGGAGAAGAAGACGACGAGGAGGAGGCCGUCGACGGGCAGGAGCCCGAGGCUUCUCUCGGAGAUGCGGGCUCAGAUAACCUUGAAGAGGAAUCUGAGGGGUCGCCGCUUCUGAUAAGAAGGCGUGACGACGAGGCAGAUGGCGAGGAGCAAUUUCCUGCUCCGAUAUCCCCUUAUGUAGAGGUUCCGGCCCGUCCCAGUAUCGGGGCCGUCCAGACUGGUACCUCUUCUCGUGGUGAUGCCAUCUUGAGGAGGGUGCCCGGAGUUAGCUUUCCUGACAAAGUCGACUUCCACUACGAGGGGCCGGCUCCAUUGGCGUACGUUCCAGAGAAGUGCGGGGAGCUCCUUCGUCAGUUUAGGGGAAGGGCGAAACCUUUGCCCGCCGUGAAGGACCUUAUCUUCGGGGGAGAGUACGAGGAAGCCGCGAGGGCCAAAUUGCUGGGGGACAGCGCGAUGAAUGUCUUGAUUGACAAGUACAACACUGCGCUGAAGGGAGCUUUGGGUGAACUAGAGCUGGCUAAGAAGGAGUUUGCUGAGAAGGAGGAGGUCCUUGCUCGCCAGCUAAGCGAGAAAAGGAGCAAUCUCGAGAAGCUCAAUGGUAUGAUGAGUCGCACCAUAACUCGGAGAGACGAGCUGAAGGCUGAAUUGGAGGCGUCCCGAGGUGUCGUCCGUGAGCUUGAACAGAAGAAUGCUGAUCUCGAGAGCGAGAAGGUCUCACUUACUGCGGCUCAUGAAAGGGAGAUGAAACGCCUUAGAGACUCCAGGAUCCUAGAAGUCACUAAGGAAAGGGUAAGAGUCGAGACCGAGAUGGCCGCGAAGGCUAACCGUCGUUUCGCGAGGAUUCGUUCCCGAGAAGAGCGACGAGGCCUCUAUGAUGAAGCUCGGAAAUGUCUCGAAGCCUUGAGGAGGGCUGGGAGCGACAUCUCGCAAGCUACCAUUGAGAUUUUCGCGGAGCAAGAGAGGAAAUACGAGCAAGAGGCCGAGAAGCUCAAAGUGGGCGAGAUUCCCGCGGGAGAUCUCGCACUCUCUCCUCUCGUGCUGGACUCUCAGUUCGUGGAUGCUCGAAUCUUGGCGAGUCUCGACCCGUAUGGGUCCAACGCUGGCUUGAUCGAUCCCGAGACCGCGCUGACUCUUCACACUCCGCUCACUCAUUCGACGGAAGGAGAGACGCCUAACCGAGGGAACCUUGCUGCUGAAGAUAACGCCCCCCUGCUCGUACUUUCGGACACUUCGGCUGAAGGGUCCCGUCGAGGCAAUGAAGAAGAGAAUGUGGGGGUGUUUGAAGAGAUCCCGAGAUCAGAUGAAAUGCACGUCUCUCCGGCUGCUCGUGAGUCGAGUGUUAGGGCUUCGGAGCUUUCUGCCCUCAACGAUCGUGAGAGCGACCGAGAGGAUUAG